GCCCGGGGCCCGGGAAAGCUGCCGCCAGCCCCCGUGUGGGCGGGAUCACGUUACCCGUCAUCUGCUGCUUUGUUUCCUGCCCCUGGCCGCGCUGGUGCAGACGGAGGCUGCAGCUCAGGCAGAUCUGAGGGGGGCAAAUAUUGCCCCAGCCUGAGCCCCGGGGGCAGCCUAAGGAGAAGCCUGACCCGCUCCACGCAGGGGCCAUUAACCCCACCUCUGCAGUCAGCUGUGACUCUCAGCCGGCUUGGAAAACAGGUUUAUUGGUCGCUGGGAACACAGCAUAGAACAGAGCUUGUUAGCAGAGAAAUCAGGAGCUCUCAGCAAAAUCCAUCUGGGGGGGAAUCCAGGAUCCUGAGCCCUGGACUCUUCUCCUGUGAGUCCCAAACCAGGAGGAAACUGAGGCACACACUUGGUAUUCAGAGAAAAUAUUAAGAGCAUUCCCGCUUCAUCCCACCCCUCUGAGACCAGCCCAGGGGCACUUUCUCCACUGGCUAGAACAACUCUAACCAUUCCAGCCUCUGAACCUGCAGGUGAUGGAGAGACCUGGGGAAAGGGCUGGAGCUGGGCAGGGAAAUGACUCUGCACAAAGGGCCCCUUUCAGGGACCAGCUGGGGAGUUUGGCCUACAAGGUGAGGGGCUCCCUGUGUCGGUGAGUCCCAGAGCUGCUGCCUCAGUGACACAGCUGGGUUCAACCCCCGUUACCAGUGUCAGUGGCUAAGCUGGCUGAUGAGAGCAAAGCCCAGGUAAAUGGGGCAGUCGCCCAUUCUCCCAAGGCGAGAGAAGAAGAUAAAAGGGAGAGUGGAGAGACUGGAAAGGGCUGCUAGAACAGAUGCUGGUGACCUUUGAGGAGGUGGCUGUGUAUUUCACCCAGGAGCAGGGGGCUCUGCUGGACCCCGCCCAGAGAGCCCUCUACAGGGAUGUCAUGCAGGAGAACUACGAGACGGUGACCUCACUGGGAUUCCCUCUUCCCAAACCUGAGCUGAUCAGCCAGCUGGAACGAGGGGAAGAGCCGUGGGUGCCUGAUGUCCAGUCCUGUGAGGGAGGAGAGAUCCCGAGAGGUGCCCACACAGCAGGUGAUGAGACAGUGAGUGAAAACGAGGAGGGGAAUCAAGAGACAGAAGUUCCUGUGCAUGGAGAAUCACAGGGAACCUUUUUGGGAAGAGCUGAAGGGAAUUUUUCCCAGUGCUUGGAACAGGGAGAUGAUGGGGAAAAUUGGCGGAGGUCAGAUAGGCUUCCGGGAAACCACUCAAGGAAGCAAAUGAAUAAAGCUAUUAUAUGUGGGGAAGGACAUAGCGAUCCCACAGCCCGACAGACAACCUCCAAGACAGACAAAAGCUAUGAAUGUCUUGGUUUUGGGAAAGGAAUCGUUCUGAGACCACAGCUUGCUCCACUUCAGGAAAUCGAAACUGGAAAGAAAUCACUUCAAUGCUUGGACCGUGGGGAAAGUUUCAAUAACUGCUCAGAUCUUAAUAACCAUGGGAGAAGCCACACAGGAGAGAGACCCUCUCAGUGCCUUGAGGGCAGGAAUAUUUUAAAUUUGAAGUCAGCCUUGAUUACACAUCAGACAGUCCAGACUGGAGAGAGACCCCAUAAGUGCCUAAUGUGUGGGAAAAGUUUCGUAUGGAGGUCAGCCCUACUUAGUCAUCAGGCAAUCCACACAGGAGAGAGAUCCCAUAAGUGUUUAGAGUGUGGAAAAAGUUUCAUACAGAAGUCAAACCUUGUUGCACAUCAGGUAAUCCACACUGGAGAGAAACCUCAUCAGUGUUUAGAGUGUGGGAAAAAUUUCAUACGGAGGUCAACCCUUCUUAUACAUCAAGCAGUCCACACUGGAGAGAGACCCCAUAAGUGCUUAAUCUGUGGGAAAAGUUUCAUAUGGAGGUCAGGCCUUGUUUUUCAUCAGAAGAACCACACAGGAGAGAGACCUCAUAAGUGCUUAGAGUGUGGAAAAAGUUUCAUAGAGAGGUCAGACCUUGCUAAACAUCAGAUAAUCCACACAGGAGAGAGAUCCCAUAAGUGUUUGGACGAUGGGAAAAGUUUCACACAAAGAUCAAAUCUUAUGGAACAUCAGAGAAUCCACACUGGAGAGAGACCCCAUAAGUGCUUAGACUGCGGGAAAAGUUUCACAUGGAGAUCUGCCCUCGUUAAACAUAGAAGAAUCCACACUGGAGAGAGACCCCAUGAGUGCUUGGACUGUGGGAAAAGUUUCACAUGGAGAUCUGCCCUCGUUAAACAUGGGAGAAUCCACACUGGAGAGAGACCCCACAAGUGCUUAGACUGUGGGAAAAGUUUUGUACAGAGAUCAGCCCUUCUUCUUCAUCAGGCAAUCCACACUGGAGAGAGACCCCAUAAAUGCUUAGACUGUGGGAAAAGUUUUAUACAGAGAUCAGCCCUUCUUCUUCAUCAGGCAAUCCACACUGGAGAGAGACCCCAUAAAUGCUUAAUCUGUGGGACAGGUUUCAUACGGAAGUCAGACCUUGUUAAACAUCAGGAAAUCCACACUGGAGAGAGACCCCAUAAGUGUUUAGACUGUGAAAAAAGUUUUGUACGGAGGUCAUCCCUACUUGCACAUCAAAAAAUCCAUACCGGAGAGAGACCCCAUAAGUGCUUAGAGUGUGGGAAAAGUUUCAUACGGAGGUCAGGCCUUGUUAAACAUCAAGCAAUCCAUACAAGAGGGAGACCAUAAGAGUUCAGAAAGUGUGUAAAUGGUAUUGAGACCAUUCCAAGAAAUAGAGACGAGAGCUUUGAAAUGUAACGUGGUAUUGUUAAGAAAUUGAAAGAAGAUAGUAGUGCUGUUGAUUAAUUGCAAUUAACUCACAUGAUUAACUAAAAAAAAUUCAUUGUGGUUAGAAAUAUUAAUCUUGAUGAAUCACAUUGUUAAAUAAUAGAAGAGGAAUUGGAAUUUUUUUGGAUGUUUUUCUGCGUUUUCUUCUAUAUUGAUUUCUAUCACAACAAAGAAUAGGAAGUGUACAGUGCUCACUUUAUAUUAUUUUCAUUACAAAUAUUUGUACUGUAAACAUGCAGAAUAAAACUAGUAUUUUCCAGUUCACCUGGUACAAGUACUGUAGUGCAAUCGCUUUAUCAGGAAAGUGUAGCUUAAAACACAGAUUAUUUUACUUACGUAAGUGCACUCAAAAAUAAAGCAAUUAAAAACUUUAGAACCUAGAUGUCUACUGUUCGUUUUCUGCCCAUCACUAAGGCAAACAAGUUUGUUUACAUUUACGCGGGAGAAUGCUGCCUGCUUUUAAUUUAUGAUGUCACCAGAAAGUGUGAGAAGGUGUUCACAUAGCAUGUUUGUAGCUGGCAGUGCAGGUAUUUGUGUGCAAGAUAUGCUGAACAUGCCUAUGUCCCUUCAUGCUUCAGCCACCAUUCCAGUGGACAUGCUUCCAUGCUGACGAUGCUCAUUUAAAAAAAAAAAUGUAUUAAUUAAAUUUGUGACUGAACUCCUUGGAGGAGAAUUGUAUGUCCCCUGUUUUGUUUUACACACAUUCUGCCAAAUAUUUCAUCAUAUGGAAGUCACGGAUAAUGACCUAGCACAUGUUCAUUUUAAGGACACUUUCACUGCAGAUUUGACAAAACGCAAAGGAAGUAACAAUCUGAGAUUUCUAAAGGUAGCUACAGCAUUCGGCCCUCGGUUUAAGAAUCUGAAGUACCUUCCAAAAUCUGAGAGGGAUGAGGUGUGAAGCAUGCUUUCAGAAGUCUUAAAAGAGCAACACACCGAUUGGGAAACUACAGAAGCCGAACCACCAAAAUAGAAAAUCAGCCCUCUGCUGGUGGCAUCUGACUCAGUUGAUGGAAAUGAACACAUGUUGGUCUGGUCGGCUUUCGAUUGUUAUCGAUUAGAACCCGUCAUUAGCAUGGAGGCAUGCCCUCUGGAACAGUGGUUGAAGCAGGAAGGGACACAUGACUCUUUAGCGCAUCUGGCACAUAAAUAUCUUGCGACGUCAGCUUCAACAGUGCCACGAGAAUGCCUGUUCUCACUUUCAGGUGACAUUGUAAACAAGAAGCAGGCAGCAUUAUCUACUACAAAUUGUAACCCACACUUGUUUUUCUGAGUGAUUGGCUGUACAAGAAGGAGGACUGAGUGGAGUUGUAGGCCCCAAAGUUUUAUAUUGUUUUAUUUUUCAACGCAGGUAUUUUUUGUACGUAAUACUACAUUUGUAAGUUCAAGUUUCAUGAUAAAGAGAUUGCACUACAGUACUUGCACUUGGUGAAUUGAAAAAUACUAUUCUUUUGGUUUUUUACAGUGCAAAAAAGGCAUGGAGAAUGGCGUGGAUUGCACCCUCAGCAAGUUUGCAGAUGACACUAAACUGGGAGGAGUGGUAGAUACGCUGGAGGGUAGGGAUAGGAUACAGAGGGACCUGAUGAGUUUCAAGAAGGACAAGUGCAGAGUCUUGCACUUACGAAGGAAGAAUCCUGGACACUGCUACAGACUAGGGACCCAGUGGCUAGGCAACAGUUCUGCAGAAAAGGACUUAGGGGUUACAGUGGAUGAGAAGCUGGAUAUGAGUCAACAGUGUGCCCUUGUUGCUAAGAAGACUAACAGCAUUUUGGGUGUAUAAGUAGGAGCAUUGCCAGCAGAUCGAGGGACGUGAUCAUUUCCCUCUAUUUGGCAUUGGUGAGGCCUCAUCUGGAGUACUGUGUCCAGUUUGGGGCCCCACACUACAAGGAGAAUGUGGAAAAAUUGGAAAGAGUCCAGCGGAGAGCAACAAAAAUGAUGGAGCACAUGAUUUAUGAGGAGAGAGUGAGGGAACUGGGAUUAUUUAAUCUGCAGAAGAGAAGAAUAAGGGGAGAUUUGAUAGCUGCUUUCAACUACCUGAAAGGGAGUUCCAAAGAGGAUGGAUCUAGACUGUUCUCAGUGGUAGCAGAGGACAGAACAAGGAGUAAUGGUCUCAAGUUACAGUGGGGGAGGUUUAGGUUGGAAAUUAGGAAAAAGAUUUUCACUAGGAGGGUGGUGAAGCACUGGAAUGGGUUAUGUAGGGAGGUGGUAGAAUCUCCUUCCUUAGAGGUUUUUAAGGUCAAGCUUGACAAAGCCCUGUCUGGGUUGAUUUAGUUGGGGAUUAGGUCCUGCUUUGAGCAGAGAGUUGGGCUAGAUGACCUCCUGAAGUCCCUUCCAACCCUGAUAUUCUAUGUUUCUAUAGGGAUAAUUACUUUGUUAAUCCAUGUAGUUUAAUUACCUGUGAUGUUUGGGAAAUAGGAGGUUACUUCUACAACCUAUUGAUCAUCCAAGGACAGCCUGCUGUGAAGAGAGAGCAAAAAUGUCUAUAUAAAUUCUUGAGACCUGAUCUUUUUAUCUCAGAUCUUCUUAAGCGUUAUUCAGGGGGCGUUUGAGUCUUAAGAUUGAGAUCUUCAGUCCCCUCUGGACUGCCCUUGUCAUAAACAGAUAGUUGAGAGUUAAUGUCUCUUUUA